AAUUCUCUCUAACUCUCGGCAUAAAUUAGGGCGCUCUUCGUCAUGGACUUUUUUGAUUCGGUGAAGAGAUUCCUAGGUGUCAACAGCAUCCAUCAAGGAAAGCUGACCGAAGGCCAUUUCGACGUUUCGAUUUGUGGCCACUUCGGACUACUGUCAGGCCCGACGUGCAUGUUCUACGACGGACAAAAUGGUUUGGUUUUCACUGCCUCAAAAAACCACUUUCUGAAAAUAUACGGGCGACAAGGAGUAGAGAUUAUGCUAAGGACGAAUGAAGAAUUCGGUGCAAUAAAAGGUUUGUUUUUUGUGCCACGAACGACUUAUCUGUUGGUCAGAUACGAAAAGUUCAUUGAAACAUGGAAUCUGUGCUUGAAGGAGCCACACGUAUCAUUCAGCUUCGACCAUUCAAUCACCUGUAUGAGCUACGCGGGGUCCGAGCCAUCUCUCUACGUCGGCUUAGCCAAUGGAGACGUGAAAGUUAUCAACACAUCGAAUUGGACGCUGUCCACGUACAUGGUGGAAUUCGCGGAUGCGGGUCUUCCGGAGAAGUUGACGAAAGACGCGGUCGCGGCAAUACUGCCCAACCCAGACAAGAAGGAGCUGUUGUUGAUCGGGUAUUCGUGCGGGGUCAUCAACGAGUGGAACUUCUUCGACAGGAGGGUUCGCAGAUCGUACUAUGUACGCGAGGGGUUGACGACGCUGGCGUGGGCUGAGAGGGGAGAGAGGUUCUUGUCCGGAUAUCAAAACGGAGAAAUCUGGUCCUUCAAAAAAAAAAAAAAUACAGCGGAUGAGAACUUUUCGUUUGGAAGCAUCCUCGAAUACCGCCUUUCCAGCGUCAGAAAUCUGGAAUAUUGCAAGUACAAGGGCGACCACGUACUCGUCUAUCUAGUAAAUACGGACGGUAUCGACCGAGUGAUGGUCGCGGGCGCGAAAAGUCCAGGUACCGCCACCUUUCUUCGCCUUGCAGACGGGCCGAGUCAAUCUCGCCAGGUUUCGGUUUGCGACUCCAAGUGCGUGCUGAAUGACCAAGGCGAGCUCGUCGCCGUACUGGCGUUGCUCUCUAACGGACAAGUGAAGUGUGCUGAGCUGUCAGAAGGGGUGGAGGCACCAUCGCUAUGCACCACCGUCGCGAUGGAAGAUUCGAUGAAAGUGGUGCUCUCCAAGUCUUUUGUGGUCUCCGAGACGUUUUUGCAAUACUUGGCGACUUUUUCGAACCUGUCUCCGGUGAAUGGGGCCUACAUCGAACAAGUGUGCAUGUUUUCUAAGCCGGACGCCCCGAUUGCUCAUUCGAACGCGACGCGUCGAUUGCCGGUCGUCCUGAUAUCGGUCUACAGCAACAAGAUGGUCUAUUUUUGGCAGGUCGUAUCGGAGUCGCAAAUGUUCCCGAUAUACAAGAUAGAGUUUCCGGCGCUAAAGCACGAGCGCAUCAGUGUGAUGAACUUUUGUCCUCAUUCCCUGGUGCUCAUUUUCGGGACGUCAAGAGGACGGGUCCUCGUGUACAGGUUUUCUGUAGAGCCAUGCGACUUGGCGCCGUUCGCCUAUGACGAGGAGGAGUCGGCCGGAUACGCUGACCUCUUCAAGGAAGAAAAACCAAACACCGAGGAAGACGAGUCGUCUUUAUCUGACUCUGCGAAGGAAGAACAACCAGACACCAGUGAUCGACUGUUCUCUGUUCAGCCCGCCGGAUUCCAAGUCGCUCUGAGUCUCGAACUGCGAUCUGCAAUCGAGUACAUACUAUUCGAAGUCGGUCUGAACGCGCUGCUCGUGGGAGCAGCAAACGGCGUUUUGCAGAUAUAUUGCGUCACGGUCGCGGGCGUUCGAAGGCUUUGGUCGGAAAAAUUCACGAGUCCCGUCUCAAGCGCCCGUUUCAUGCGCGAUCGCGGACGCCUAUCCUUACUUCUCGGGUUCAGAAGCGGAUUGAUCGUGUGUGUCGACAUGGAAGAACAAAAACCAAACGCGAUUCUAACCAAAAAACGAGAAAUCGCCGACAUCCAAAUUCUAUGCGAACGAGGAUCAAUCAUCGGAAUACCCAAAAAAUUGCAAGAAAACUCCAUAGCGGAAUCUUUUCAAGGCAGCCCUUCGCCCGUCCCGUACUCCAGGCAAACCAACACCAACAAAGACCCCGCGCAAGUAAACCUCGAUGCCAAUGAACCACGCUCCUGGUUCGCGUUCGACAACGAUGAUGACUCUUCGCCGACCUGUUCCAGAACCAAAUUUGUUGUCAUACACACAUUCAACGACCUGACGAUCUGUCGCCUGACCGAUCAGAAGCUCCAUCCGAUUUCUCAGAUCCAAUACCGAGUACCCAUCAAGGCCAUUCAUAACGUUUCCACCGAAGUCAGGGCCGGAAACUCGUCCACAGUCGAGCACGGACUGCUGGCGCUCGAUCUGAACUCGGACAUCUAUAUCUGGAGCCUCAUGGACCUGAGCGCAAUCACGCCCGAAGAAGGCAUCUCGCUGAAGAAAAAGUACCAGGUCGCCGGAAUUUCCUCUCCAAAGAUCGAGCUAUGCUCUGUCCUAGAGAGCGGCAGGAUGUUCUAUCACACCGAGAACCACGAAGUCUACGUCGUCGAGCUGUUCAGAAGCGACCUCAAUGAAGAACAGUUGUACAUGAUCAAAAUGAAAGCCAUUUUUAACGAAAUUGCAUACAGGCAAAACUCUCCCGAAGAAGACCAACCGGCCAAAAAAAUGCAAUCGCUGUUCAAAAACAGGCGCAAAAAAGAUGUCAACCUGUCGACCAUCUUCGGCGCUACCAACAUCGUCGCCGACGGAGGAGAGGUAAAGUCCAUCCUGGCAGAAAACAUGCAAAAAUUGGCCGAUCGAAAAGAAAAAGUAUUGACACUCAGCAACAAGACGAGCGAAUUGGCCGACAACGCGGGAGCGUUCGCCGCGUUAGCAAGAGGGUUGUCUUCCGCGCAUAGCGAAUAUUAACUGUGCCCCUGGUGGCGAGAUAAUACAAGCAAGAGAAAAAAUGUGUACAAAAUACAUCGCACAAAAAAGAGCGCAUGUCGGCGCGACUUUGCCCCGGUGAGCCCCACACAGUCUAUCACAUUUCGGAAGCGUUCGACAUCCGUAGUCGAAUAGACAGCCAGUACAUCCUUUUCUUUCUCUCCUGCAGAGAAAAAUGAAUAUUGAUGUAAAAUGAAAAUAUUUUUAACGCGUGAA